UCCAAGUCUCGCCCUACGCGAGAUUUUGCGAGACUUCAUUGUCCAAAAUGGCCGACUCAAUAACACGUUUGUUGGAAAGUUUAUCAACAGAAGACGACCCUUUGGAGACGCUAAAAGAGCUCAAAGUUGCCGUGAAUGCUGUACAUCCGUCAGCGCUGGAAGAUCUGGUCUCAAACGUGCCACUAAACGCCUUGUUUGAUUGCCUGAACUCAUCUAAUGGGGAACAGAUUGAGGAGUGUUCGUACGUGCUGAGGAAGUUGCUGGAUGCCCACAGUCCCGCCGUCAUCCUCCAACAGUUCAGGGAGCCGCUACAGAGAGGCGUGGUCCAUCCCCGCGCUGAUGUCAGGCAACUCUGUCUCACAGAGAUCUGCAGAUGCACAGACACUAUUGUCCACAUUCAAGAGCUGGUGACCUGCCAUGACCUGCUGUUACACACGGUACAGAGCCUGGCAGACCAGGAGCUGUCAGUGGCCACCACGGCUGGGAAGGUUCUCACUCGUCUGGGAGCCUGCGAAGCCGGGCUAUGGGUUCUCUUCACAGGAACCCUGCUGGAGGAGUUACAGAGAGUGAUGAAGGAGAGUGAUGUCAUCAGGUACAGGGUGUACGAGGUGCUGGUGAAUCUACAGGCCCUCUCCCCCAUGGCUCUUCAGUUCUGCAGUGAUUCUGGUCUGUUGACUCAACUCACAGAAGAACUCAGUGGUGCAGAUGUUCUUGUUCAGGUAAACUGCAUAGACAUGCUGGGCAGCCUAGCCCAGUGUCCACAUGGACUGAACUGGCUGGAGCAGCAGGGGGUUGUGGGUAAACUAGAGUCCAUGCUUACGGCAGCAGACAGCGACCCAAUGUCAAGUUUCUACAUGCUUGGGGUAAUAAAGUUCUUUGGGACUAUGGCAUCCAUUCGCCCAGAGGAGACCAUGGAACAUCACAGGGCUUUUGUGAAGACAGUGUUUGAGUCGGUGGAUAGCAGGGACCCAACCAUGGUGAAGAUCGCUGUAGAAACUGUGGGGAUGGUAGGAUCCAGGCCGGAUGGGAAAAUGGCUCUUGACAAACAAGGGUGUGCGUGGACAGACUGUUUGAAACAGUUGGGUGGGAUCAUCCAGAACCCUCCCACUGAGAUGAGGAUAUACGGGCUGACAACCCUGGCUUCCCUCUUCUCACUCCAGCUUGCAGAUCACACAGAAGACCAACUGUCCAUGUUAGAAGGCUGGUUCAAUACCUUCAGCCCUAAGCCCAUGGACACUCUCAUGUCUAUAGUCCAACAGCCAUUCAAAAACCUACACUGUGCAGGUCUAGCAGUCCUACAGGCCCUUGCAAACCAGCCAUGGGCUCAGCGGGCCAUGGCAAACUUCCCAGGCUUCGUGGAGUACAUUGUGGACAGAUCCACAGAGAAGGACAAGAUAGGCAAAGAGGCAAGAUAUGAAGUCAUCAAGGCCCUGGUAGAAUCCUCCACAGCUUUAGAGACAUUUGGGUCUCCAUUUUAUCUGAAGUUAAAGGAGUACUACCGACAAGGGCCUUUCUAUGUCAGAGUACAGGCAGAGGUUGCAAUGGAAGGGUCAAACUAGAGCUUGCUGAUGUUUGAAAAACUUUCAACAUUCAUGUAUGUAUGAGUACACCCUUGCAUACACAUAAGAUGUAGUUUGCCAUGUUGGCAAGUAUUGAUUCACAAUAAUAAAUUGUUGGAGAGUGCA